CAGCUCGUCGUUAAGGCAGCCCCCAGCAAACGCCAUGUACGUCUCGGCGGAGGAAGGCCAGACGCAGCCGGAGCUGCAACCUCAGGAGCAGGCGCAGCGGCCGGCGGAGGCCCGCGGCUGCGAGUCGCCGGUGGCGGAGUUCUUCGGCGGCGCCUCGGUGCUGGUGACGGGCGGCACCGGCUUCCUGGGCAAGGUGCUCGUCGAGAAGCUGCUCCGCACCUGCCCGCGCCUGCGCACCGUCUACCUGCUCGUCCGCACCAAGAAGGGCCGCGCGCCGCACCAGCGCCUCGACCAGCUCUUCAACCAGCAGGUGUUCUCGCAGCUGGGGCCGUCGGUGCUGAAGAAGGUGGUGGCGGUGGCGGGCGACGCGGGUCUGGCGGACCUCGGACUGAGCCCGGCCGACCGCGCCGAGCUGUGCAGACACGUGACCGUCAUCUUCCACGCGGCCGCCACCGUCCGCUUCGACGAGCAGCUCGAGCUGGCCGCCGCCAUCAACGUCCGCGGCACGCACGGGGUGAUGCGCCUCGCCAGGGACAUGCCCAACCUGAAGGCGGUGGUGCACGUGUCGACGGCGUACUCGCAGUGCCGCGAGCGGCUGGUGGAGGAGCGCGUCUACGAGGCGCCGCUAGCGCCGUCGCAGCUGCUCCACGUGGCGGACAUGGCCGACGGCGACGAAAAGGCACCCGACAACAAGUGCGACGCCGACAUCUCAGGGGACGCGUUGCCGCUCGGCUACCCCAACACGUACACACUGACCAAGGCCGUGGCCGAGCAGCUGGUGCGCGACGAGGGCUUCGGGCUGCCCGUGGCUAUCGUGCGGCCCUCCAUGGUGGUGGCGACCUCGCAGGAGCCGGUGAUCGGCUGGAUCGACAACGUGUACGGCCCCACGGGCGUGUGUGUGGCGGCCACGCUGGGGCUGCUGCACGUGAUGCCGUGCGACAAGCGCACCAUCGCCCACAUCGUGCCGUGCGACCUGGUCGUCAACUGCGUCAUCGCCGCCGCCUGGGACGUCGCCACCAACAGGUGGCCAGACAGCAAGGAGCCGAAGGUGUUCAACCUGGUGUCGAGCGACGCGCCGCUGUGCUGGAAGAACUUCAUGGCGCACUACCAGCACUUUGCCAAGAAGGUGCCACCGAUGUCGGCCGUGUGGAACUACUCCAUGUGCCUGACCACCAGCGUGCCGCUGGUCUUCUUCUACAAGUACGUCGUGCACAUGGUGCCGGCGGUCCUCGCAGACGCCGUACUCUUCCUCACCACCGGAAAACCCAAGAUGGUGGGCGCGUACCGGAAGAUCCACCGCCUCCUGGACGUGACGAGCUACUUCUGCACGCGGGAGUGGUCGUUCGACAACCGGCGCUGCAAGGAGCUGUGGUCGCGCCUCUCCCCCGUGGACCGCCAGCUCUUCCCUUUCGACAUGAGGGGCUUCGACUGGGACACGUACUUCUACGGAUACGUGCGCGGCGUGCGCCUCUACAUCCUGAAGGAGGACAUGGCGAACGUCAACGAGGCUAUGCCACGCUGGCACAGGCUGAGGCGCAUCGACUGGGCAGUACGCGCUGUGGCCACGGCUCUCUUCCUAUGGCUGCUCUGGCGUCUGCUGGCGGCGCUGUUCUGGCAGUGACGUCACGGCACUGCUGUUACUUCGGCCGACUACUGUCAGCAGCCGUAGAGCAGACGACCAGAUGGCGGCGAGCCACCGACGCUUGGUCGUACCGCACAAUGGUCAAGGAGACCGAUUGCCGUGAAGGCAUUCUCUGG